UCAUUAAAAUUCAUCAUGAAUCAUUCUAAUUUUAAUUUUUAUGAUGCUUUUGAUUUUGAUGAUGACACUCCUGUGUUGGCUUUUCAAGUUGCUACUGCUGUAGUUGCUGAAGAAGAAUCGAAUAAUCAAGGGCAGAGAACAAGGUAUCGUGACUCUAUUUCUGGUCACAAUAUUGUCAAUCGUAAUAGAAAGGAAGAUCUUACUGAUGAAUAUCUUCGAAUUGGAGAAACCACUGCAAUAGAAAGUCUUGGAGCUUUCGUCAAAGCAAUCGUAGAAGUUUUUGGUGAUUGGUAUCUAAGGGCACCAAACGAGGCUGAUAUUUGUCGAUUAUUAUCAAUUGGAGAGCAACGUGGGUUUCCAGGGAUGUUAGAGAGCAUUGACUGUAUGCAUUGGAAAUGGGAGAAAUGCCCAAUUGCAUGGCAUGGGAUGUAUACUGGUCAUUGUCGUGAACCAACUAUAAUUCUAGAGGCAGUGGCUUCACAAGAUCUUUGGAUAUGGCAUGCCUUUUUUGGAAUGCCUGGAUCAUUAAAUGAUAUUAAUGUUCUUGAUCGGUCACCUAUCUUUGCUGCACUUGCUGAAGGUCGUACUGCUCCUGUCAAUUAUACAAUUAAUGGGCAUGAAUAUACAAUGGGAUACUAUUUAGCAGAUGAGAUUUAUCCUAAUUGGUCAACCUUUGUUAAGACAAUCCCAAGACCAUUAGGAGCAAAGAGAAAAUAUUUUGCAAGCAAGCAAGAGUCUGCAAGAAAAGAUGUGGAACGGGCAUUUGGGGUGCUCCAAUCUCGUUUUGCAAUUGUACGUGGACCUGUUCGAUACUGGGAUGAAGAAACACUUGCAUAA